CUUAUAACUCCUCGAUGAGAUCGCGAGGAUAAGAAAAAACAGAAAAACCUUACCACCUCCUCCCCGAUUCCCACAUUCAAGUUAACACUCACUUCGCUCACGCUCCCGCCACCACCACCACCAUGGAAGCAGCUUCAACCGGACCUCCUCGCCUCCACCCUACACCACCCCAACCCCCCACCGACCAACAACUCACCCAAAAACUCCUCCAAUUCAACCUCACCCCCACCCCCAAAACCCUCCACGCCCUCCGCAAGAAACAGCUCCGAAAAACCCUCCGCAAGUCCAACCAAAACCGCCCCACCACUCCCCCUUCCGACGAAGAAGUGGAAUUAUCGCACUUCCAAGCCCUAAAAACCGAGUACAGAAACUUCACCAGAGCCAUCGACGCGAGCAAAUCCAAACCCAAGGACGGCGCCGUUCUGAUGGUGGGGAAACCGUGGGAGAGGGCGGAGGCGGGAGAUGAGUUGAGGGAGGUGGCGAGCAGGGAGGAGUACGGCGGGGAGAAGCUGAAGGCGGAGCAUUUGAGGGAGCUGAGUGGGUUCCUGGAACGGGACCGGGAUGAGUUCCGGUGGCUUCUGGAUGACGAUGUUGAGAUUGAAGGGGGGUGGGUGGAGGAUAGUGGGAGGAGGAACUGGGCUCCGCGGAAGCGCGGGGAGGAGGAGUCGAUUCGGUUUCUUGUUGAUAAGUUGAGUGGUACGGAACUGAGUGUGAAGGACUGGAAGUUAUCAAGGAUGAUGAAGAAGUCAGAGCUACAAUUUACAGAGGGUCAAUUGCUUAAGAUUGUUGAAGGGCUUAGGGUGAAAGGACAAUGGAGGAAUGCAAUGUCUGUUGUGGAGUGGGUGUACAGCUCCAAGGAACACAGACAUUAUAAGAGCAGGUUUGUAUACACCAAACUUUUGUCAGUUCUUUGCAAUGCAAGGAGACCUCGCGAAGCUCUUCAGAUCUUCGAUGUGAUGCGUGGAGAUUGCCAAAUAUAUCCGGAUAUGCCUGCAUAUCACUGCAUCGCUGUUACACUAGGUCAAGCUGGUUUUCUGAAAGAACUGAUGAAGAUUAUGGAAUGCAUGAGGAAAAAACCUGCUAAAAGAUUGAAAAAUAUGCGCCAAAAGAACUGGGAAGCUAUUCUUCAACCUGAUGUGGUUGUGUUUAACGCUGUAAUGAAUGCUUGUGUUCCAUCCCGUCAAUGGAAGGGUGUAUCUUGGGUGUUUGUGCAGUUGAGGAAAAAUGGUCUGAGGCCCAAUGGAGCAACUUAUGGACUUGCAAUGGAGGUAAUGUUACGUUCUGGAAAGUUUGACCUUGUACAUGAGUACUUUGGAAAAAUGAGAAGAAGUGGGGAAGCUCCAAAAGCCCUUACUUAUAAAGUUCUUGUCCAAACCUUUUGGGAGGGAGGUAAAGUUGAUGAAGCAGUUCAAGUAGUCAGGGACAUGGAACAAAGGGGAGUGUUUGGGACAGCAAGCGUGUAUUAUGAGCUAGCUUGCUGCCUUUGCAACAAUGGGAGGUGGCAAGAAGCUUUGCUCGAGGUUGAGAAGCUGAAAAAACUUCCUCACACUAAGCCUUUAGAAGUUACCUUCACUGGCAUGAUAAUGUCUUCUUUAAGGGGGGGACACAUUCACGAUUGCAUCUCUAUGUUCCAGCAUAUCAAAGACCAUUGUGCGGUUGACAUUGGCAUCAUAAAUGCCAUGCUCAAAGUCUACGGAAAGAACGAUAUGUUUUCGAAAGCAAAGGAGUUAUUUGAAGAGACCAAGAGUAUGAAAUCUGAUUCUAACAACAGCCUGAAUGAUUUGGGCUCUUCCCUUAGUGCAGAUGCAUAUACUUACUGCAUGAUGCUUAAGGCUUCUGCUAGCGCUCAUCAAUGGGAGUACUUUGAGUGUGUGUAUAAGGAGAUGGCACUCUCUGGGUAUGUCCUUAAUCAAAGUAAACAUGUGUCUCUGCUUAUCAAAGCCGCCAGAGCUGGGAAGGGGCAUCUGUUGGAGCAUGCAUUUGACAGUAUGUUGGAAGCUGGUGAAAUACCUUAUCAAUCAGUGUUCAAAGAAUUGAUAUGUCAAGCAAUACUUCAGCAUGAUUAUGAAAGAGCUAUCAGCAUAGUCAAGGUUAUGGCUCAUGCUCCAUUUCAAGUCACUGUAAAGGAGUGGACAGACUUCUUUGAGCGAAAUGGAGACAGGAUCAAUAGGGGGAGUUUAGAGGAGUUGUUGGAAACUCUCAGUAAUAAUGAUUUGCUUAUGGAAGCCACCGUAUCAAAUUUGACUAAGUCAUUGUUAUUUCUCAGUAGAUCUGAUAAGGUGGGUGAUAUGUCAAGGCCAGUAGCUUUUAAUGGUUCGUCUGUUGACCAAUCACCUUCGGCUGGUGAUAAUGGGAAAUUAGAUUGUGGUGGAAGUAGAAAUGUGCAGAAUUUUUCUGAAAGUACAGAGGGCAUUAAUGGCAAAACACAUGAUAUACAUGGUGUUGGAAAAGGUAACCUAUUUAUCAGCCUUGAGGAUUUGGCUCUUGAUGUGACAUCUGAUGAAUCAACUUAUGACUGUGAUGACGAAUUAUUGAAUCAUACUGAAUGUGGAAACCUAGAUAUGGAAGAGAUAGAAAUUGAUGAACCAACCAGCUUAGUUGGCGACACUCAUGAAUCCAACCUACCCUCUGUGGACGAAAUUCUGGAAUCAUGGAAAGAGGGCAGGAAAAGCGAUGGAAUUAUUUUCCCCUUUCAGUUUGGUGGAAAGUAAGUGCAAGUUGUUUUAUAACAGCUUGUCAAGUGAGCAAAACUAUGGUUGUAUGUCCGAGUUACAGGAGUUCGAAGAGUUUAAAGAAUUCUGAAGUAGUACAUAAAGAUCUCUUGUGGAUGCUUUGUUAGUGGUGCGGGAAGAAGAUAGCCAACAAUUGACGUGCUAAGGGUCGAAUAUAUCUGAACCGGAUGAGAUGGGCUUUUAUGGUUGAAUUAGGGGCUUUAACAAGGCUUCAGUCUGUUGUUGUCAGUGUUAUUAUCCGGCUUGGAGCCCCCUCUGCUGUAAGAUCAUUUCUGGGAACAGUGAAGAUUUCAGAGACUUGGUUUUGUUUUCAGUUUCCACAGGCGGCACCUAUUUCAGUUUGAGGGCAUUAACAAGAUUUCAUCAAGCUUGCUGGUGGGUGGAACUGCAUCUUAAGCUUUGUAACUGGUUUGAGUUGAUGUUUUAUUAACUUUAGGUCUCCUAUUUUUCCUUGCAUGUCAAAUGCAUAGUAGGCAGGUAUGGGAUACUUGUUGAUACGUUUUAUGCUUCUUAUAAUGUAGUAUUUUGAUUUCUGAAAAAACAAAA